ACAGCACAGCCCAACCCAAGGCCGGGGCCAGACAGCGGGGGCUUGGACAGGAGCAAGGUCCGAGGGCGGCCAGGUGCCAGAAGCCCAGGAAGCACAUAUCAAGGCUCCGUUGCCAGCGGGGUGCUGCCAAUAAAAUGUAGUCAUGUGGAAUUUGGAACAUGGAAAGGAGGUAGAAGUCAUCCUUUCCUCCCCCGUAGCAGCAGGUGUGCAGGCUCUGGUGGUCAGCUGGACUCCAUACUCCCCCACCAGUCACCAACCUGGGGACUGUGGGGCUGCAAGGACCUCACCAGUAGUUUCCCCAGUUUCCUGACUUCUUCCAUCCUCUGGAAAUCAGCUGUGAUGGAAACUGUGAGGGCCCGUCAUUUACCCCGCGUCCCUGUUGAAGAUCUCAUCCUCAUUAGAAGAUUCCUUGUCAUGCAGCUUCUGUGCCAUGUUUUUCAAGCAUGUGACACUGACAGCAAUGAAUCCUCCAAUGUACCUGAGUCGCACUUCGCCAUGAGCAUCUCCGAUGUGCCAGAAAUCUGAAAAUGCCCCUGGGGAGACACAUGCACAAGACAGGUGAUGACAACUCCAUGGGGGUGGAGAUUAUACAUCUCUCAUCAUUUCAGCAACAAGGAAAUAAAUUAGUGGCAGAGUAAGGGCGACUUGAGAUCUCCUGGAAGCGAGGAUCCUUUAAAAAUCCUGGAGUAGUCUCUCUCCUCCCGCUGUCCAAGACGCCAAAAGGAAAGAAGGCCAAUGGGAAGAAGGUGGCUCCAGCACCUGCUGUUGUGAAGAAGUAGGAGGCCAAGAAAGUGGUGAAUACCCUGUUUGAGAAAAGGCCUAAGAAUUUUGGCUUAGGAUAGGACAUCCAGCCCAAAAGAGACCUCACCUGCUUUGUGAAAUGGCCCUGCUAUAUCAGGUUGCUGCAGUAGAGAGCCAUCCUCUACAAGCGGCUGGAAGUGCGUCCUGCGAUUUACCAGUUCACCCAGGCCCUGGACCGCCAGACAGCUACUCGGCUGCUUAGCGUGGCCCACGAAUACAGAGCAGAGACAAAGCAGGAAAAGAAGCAGAGGCUGUUGUCCCCUGCCAAAAAGAAAGCUGCUGGCAAAGGGGAUGUCCCCCCUAAGAGACUACCUGUCCUUCGAGCAGGAGUUAACACUGUCAUCACCUUGGUGGAGAACAAGAAAGCUCAGCUGGUUGUGAAUGCGCACGAUGUGGUUUCCAUUGAGCUGGUUGUCUUCUUGCCUGCCCAGUGUCAUAAAAUGGGGGUCCCUUACUGCAUUAUCAAGGGGAAGGCAAGACCGGGCCGUCUAGUCUGCGGGAAGACCUGCACCACUGUUGCCUUCACACAGGUGAACUCGGAAGACAAAGGCACUUUGGCUAAGCUGGUGGAAGCUGUCAGGACCAAUUACAACAACAGACAUGAUGAGAUCCGCCGUCACUGGGGAGGCAACGUCCUGGGUCCCAAGUCUGUGACUUGCAUCGCCAAGCUUGAAAAGGCAAAGGCUAAAUAACUUGCCACUGAAUUGGGUUAAAUGUAUACUGUGGAGCUUUCUGUAC